CCCCCUCACGACGCGGUUACUUAGGAACGGGUUUCCCUAGUAGCUGUGGAAAUAACAGUGUGGCGGCCCGCGCCUGCCUCGGCGGCCGCCUCAGGGGCCGACCACCGGCUGGACGAACGAGGGCCGUGCGCUGAAGCAGGGCGAGAAGGGAGCUGUGAAGAGGGAGGAAACGUGAAGCCCUCUCAUGGCGGUAGGCGCUUCCCUGUGCCGCCGUCCUCUCGGCCGGAGGGUGACGACGCAGUGUGCUGAGGAGAGCAUCUAUAACUUCCUGCCCUGCCUGGACGAGAAGCCUCUCAAACCUCCCAGGUAUAUAUCCACAUUUAGACCAUUCGUGAAACGUGAAGCAGAGAAAAAUAAAUCUCAGUGGAAAACUAUGGGACCAGCAAAAGUUGGAGAGCCAUCUCCAAAAAAUUUUCUGCAGAAACAUUCAAAGGAACCCAAGCUACCAGCAAGAAAAAAAGAACAGGAUAGUAAGAAAUUGCCUACACUAUCAGUGCCACAGAGGACAGAUCACCCAGUUAUGGGAAUUCAGAGUAAAAAGAAUUUUAUAAAUGCAAAUGCAGUUGCUGCUGUCACAGGAUUGCCUAAAAAGCCUCAACCUAUUUGUGUCGAUAGAAGACAGGGAGAUAAAUAUCUGCUUGAAACUUCAGGACUUGUUCCAAAAUAUAUUAAAAAAAAGGAUUACGGUGUUAUACCAAAAUACGUAACAUGGAGAAAUGAAGAAAUAAAGAGAGCUCAGAAAGAACAGGAGGCCAGUAUCUUGGAGCAUCUUAAAAAAAGAGCCAUGAAACGGCUAUCUGAUGAAGAAAGGAACAGUCUUCUUCAGGGGCUGAAAAAGAACUGGGAAGAAGUAUAUCGUGAAUUUCAGGGUCUUUCACUAGAAAUAGACACCAUACCCAAGAAGUUAUAUAAAGAAAAGCUGGAAUUACAGAUGAAACAACUGGAGCAUGACAUAGAAGUAAUUGAGAAGCACAAAGUUAUCUACAUUGCAAAUGAGUAAUGACUGUUUUUCAGAUACUACCUCUUUCCUCCUUUUCUUUUUCUCUAUUCCUACAUCUCCAAGAAGCACCCCCCCUAAAUUCUCAGAAGAAAUUGACACCACCAACUCUUCAGAAGGAAAUAUUCAAUUAAUAUAUGUAGCUUCUUAGAAAAGUUGUUACAUAUAGCUCUCAUCUGUAUAAUUCACAAAACGUUUUGAAGUUCUUAA